AAGGUUCCUUCACCUUAAGAGAGCAUCCAGCAGGCAGAGGUGGAAGAACCCAAAAUGUUUGCGCAACCGAGGAUACGAAAAGCUGUGCCUCCGCCGCCGAAGAAAAGGAAAAUUACACAUGCUAUUGAGGAGAUCACCUUCGAUAAAGAUGCUCGCGCCGAGUACCUCACCGGGUUUCACAAGCGCAAGCAGGCGCGGAUCAAGCAUGCGCAAGAGAUAGCCGAGCGAAAGGCUCGGCAGGACAGAAUUGAAAUGCGCAAGCAGAUAAGAGAACAACGGAGACAAGCUGUCGAAGAACAUGUCGAGGCUAUCAACAAGAUCUUGCGAGAGGCCGAGCACGCCGGCACGAGUGAUCAGAACAAUGCCGGCUCUGAGGAGGAGUGGGAAGGCCUGUCGGAUGCAAAUGUUCCGGAACCGCCGAUCGACCUAGAAGAGGAAUACAUCGAUGAGGACAAGUACACGACAGUCACCGUGGAAGCAGUUAGCGUCGACCGGGAUGGCCUGCGUAAGCCAGAACUGGAGCAAUCCUCGGAAGAUGGAGACUCGGCUCCAGACGAGGAUGGAAACGGCGGUGAUGAUCCCGGGAAGGACGCCAACGGAACUACUAAGCGGUCGAAAGACCCGACCAAGAAGAAAAGGGAGAAGUUCCGGUACGAAACCAAGCUUGAGAGGGACGUGGAAGCACGAAAACAGAAGGCGCGUCGGAGGAAAAGAUAAUCCAGACAGGGAAAAGACUGAAUUAAAUAUUACCGGAUUAUUUGAGCGU